UUCGUUUUCAUCCGCUUUGAGAGACUUCCUGGGUUGCUUACCGUGCCAUUGUGUCUUGGGUUUGAGCAGAUUUAGGACGCUGCGCUUGUGUCCUGUCAAAAUGAUCAUUCCCGUACGGUGCUUCAGUUGCGGGAAGGUGGUGGGCGACAAGUGGGAAAAGUACCUGGCUCUGCUGCAGGCAGAUUACACAGAAGCAGACGCCAUGACGAACCUGGGACUGAAGAGAUAUUGCUGCCGGAGGAUGGUGCUCACCCACGUCGAUUUGAUCGAGAAGCUUCUCCACUUCGGCCAGAACGUGAAACGCAACUGAGCUGCUUUCCCUUCGCCCGCUUUUUGACUCGCAACGCGGCCCAUUCAUGCAAGCGUCACAAAUUUGCCGCAGCCGCAAUGCUCUUCAAAUGCUGGUCA